UUUUGUUCUAAUCAGUGAAGGACAGGAUUAUUACAGUUUUUGUGGACUGCGACUAAUUUACUUCCCUUGGUUGAUAGGUAUGCACGUCAAGCUAAGAUCCCAUAUUACAAAGUGAUUCGUGUUGGACAUCCUACAGAGGAACACGUGCAGUAUCAUCAGAGGUGGAACUCAAAAGACUACAAGCCCUUUUGUGGGGAGCCCGGAAUUAUUGAAAAGUUCAAAGCCUUUAGUGAAAAGUACAGGGCAAGUACAAAGAACCUUGAAAGUAAAAUGAUUCAAAGAGUGGGAAUAGAGGGUGUCACUGCCGUGAAUUCAAGUAGCUUUGGAGCAAUGGGAACCCCAUUUGAGCGAGCAAGGGAAUUAAAGAGGAGAGAGGAAGAACUGGAUGGAGCCCAUAUGGUCCAAAGGCCUGCAAUUGCUCACAGUACUACUCCAACUUGUCCCCCAAUUAGUGGGUUUAUGGAUGAGGCUGGGCAGAAUUACCAUCAGUCAAUUGCUGCACUGGCUACGGAAAUACAAACGAGGGAGGCUGCUCAUGAUAAGGAGGCCUCAUCACGGGCACCACUGCAGGUGGAGCUGAGGAAGUUCACCGCUGAUGAGCUCCGGACUAGGAAGCAAGCAAGAACUUAGCUAGAACAGUUUUGUGAAGGAAGAUGAAGAUGAAGAUGAAGAUGAAGAUGAAGAUGAAUAUGGAGCUUGGGCUGAAGCCGAAGCCGAAGCCGGAGCUGAAGCCGGAGCCGAAGCCGGAGCCAUGACAGAGACAGAGACAGAGCCGAAGCUGAAGCUGCAGAAGAUGAAGCUCGGCAUCGGCGUCAGCGUCAGCAUCAGAUUCUAUCUGUACUUUCAGCUGAAGCUAGAGCUCAAGCUGAUGCGGAAGCAAGAGCAAAAGCUGAAGCUGAGGCAAGAGCAAGAGCUAAAGCUAAAUCUGGAGCUGAUGCGGAAGCAAGAGCUAAGCUAAAUCUGGAGCUGUACUUGCUUUAUGGAGAGCUACAGUCCGGCAGCGGCAGGCUCUAUUUGGAGCUGGAGCUGAAGAUAAAGCUGAAGAUAAAGUUGAAGCUCAAGUUGCAGCUCCAUCCGAAGGUCAAGCUCCAGCUGAAAACUCGAGUUUGUGUAGCUUGAGCUAGAGCUGCAGUUGCUAGUAGCAAAUUCAAGGAAAAGGAGAAAGAAGCCGACAACUUUAACAAACAAUUGAUGAGGAGGGAUUUAGCAAAGCUCAAGCCUGAUCACUUGGAAUGGAUAUGGCAACAAUGUCCAGAUGGUGGUGAGGAUACUUGAAUUUAUACCUUUUGUAUAUGUGAUUAUUAGUUUGCAGAUGCAAGAUGCCUGCGUGCUUCCCGGGAACAAUUUCAUUGCCCCUUGCGUAGGCCAAUAAUUUGAUAUAGUUGAUAUAUUGUCCUUCUGUUUAUCCAUCGGAUACUGAAUCUUGGAUUU